AUGGGCGCAGGCGACCUCGAUCUUUGCUACAUGAGCGCGAUCGAGGCGCUCGCCGCGUUCAAGGCGCGGACGCUGUCGCCGGUCGAGCUGAUGAAGGCCGUGAUCGCCCGCUGCGAGGCGGUCAACCCGGCGCUCAACCUCGUGACUCACAGCUAUUUCGACCGCGCGCUGGAACAGGCGAAGGCGGCCGAGGCGCGCUACGGCAAGACCGACGGCCGGCUGCGAGCGCUCGAGGGGCUGCCGUUCGCGAGCAAGGACUAUCACGCGAUCAAGGGCGAGAUCACCACGAUCGGCUCCAAGAUCAUGGAGCACAACCGCCCCGAUCACACAUACCCGGUCACCGAGCGGCUCAUGCGCGCCGGCGCGAUCCUCCACAUUCGCACAACGACGCCAGAGUUCGGCUAUGCAGGGACGAGUCACAGCCCGCUUUGGGGCGUGAGCCGCAACCCCUGGAACCCCGAGUAUACGCCGGGCGGGUCGUCAGGCGGCAGCGGCGGCGCGGUGGCCGCAGGCAUGACCACGAUCGCGGACGGUGGCGACGGCGGCGGGUCGAUCCGCAUUCCGGCCUCGGUCAAUGGCCUCUUCGGCUUCAAGCCGCCCUACGGACGCAAUCCGAACGACAUCGACGGGCCCCACGCCUUUCUGGUCCAGAUCGGCGUGCUGACCCGCACGGUGGCGGAGUCGGCGCUGCUGCAGAACAUCGUCUCCGGCCCCCACAAGGCGGAUAUCGCCUCCCUCAGGACGCGGAUCCGGCUGCCGCUCACUUACGAGGGUAUUGAGGGCUGGCGCAUCGCCUAUUCGCCGGAUCUCGGCUACGUCCAGGUCGACCCGGAGGUGCAGGAGAACACCAGAAAGGCCGUGCAGGUCAUGUUCGCCAGCGGCCUUCAGGACUUCCUCCCCGAAUGGCGUUACGAGAUGGAUCCGAGAGUGGUCGAUCUGGUGGAGAGGGGGAGCCGCGUCAGCGCCGUCGAAUUCGAGCGGGUCAGCCGCACGCGUGGCUGGAUGUACCAGAAGCUCGCACCCAUCCUUGAAGACUACGACGUCAUGAUCUGCCCGACCCUCGCAGUGCCGGCGGUCAAGGCGGACCACACCAACAUGGACCCCGGCUUCACCAUCAACGGCAAGUCGGUCGAGCCUCACAUGGGCUGGCUGCUCACCUAUCCGUUCAACAUGAUGAAUCAGUGCCCGGUCGCGAGCGUGCCGACCGGUUUCGCCAAAAGCGGCGUUCCCACCGGCCUGCAGAUCGUCGGCCGCACCUAUGACGACGCCCGCGUGUUCCGCGCGGCGGCGGCCUUCGAGACGGCGACGAACUGGAGCCGCCAUCGUCCGUCGCUUUAG